UGCUACUAAUUUCACCAAACCAGUGAUUCACCAAACCACUGUUGUCAUUCGGUGUCACUGAAAACGGAGUACGACACGCUACGCCACGACGACUGACCAUUUCAAAUGAUGCGGAUCAUUUUUUCCCCAAAUCCAAGUUUUUCUUAAUUCAUCUCAUUCAAUGAAAAAACAGCAAUUCGCUGCCAUGAGCGAAGGGGAUCUGUACAGUCUUAAAAACUACGAGAAAAUCGGGGCUGUGCGGCCAUUAAGCAACGGCCACGAUACAGUGUUCCAAUGGAGGAAGAAAGCCCUGGUCAUUUUUCUCGUGAUGUGCUCCAUAGUCCUCAUCCUUAGCGCAAUAUUUGUAGGAACGGGAUUCUUCAAGCCGAAAAACGCCCUACCAAACGAAGAAAGCAGCGGUCUUGGUGGGACUCGAUCUCCAGAUCUAAUCGAAUUGGUGUGCAACAAAACCCUAUAUUUCGAGGCCUGCAAUUCGUCUCUGUCCUCGAUUCCGGCGGCGGCAAGGGCAAAUAUUUCGGAGCUGGCAAAGAUCGCGGUGGAAUUAAGCCUUGAGAUAGCCAAAGGGACGGCUGAUUUGGGCCGGAAAUUUAACGGAGGCGGAGGCGGAGCUUUCGAGGUUUGCGUGGAGGUGCUGCAGAACACGGUGGAUGAGCUGAAUGACACUCUUUCCGUCGUUGCUAGCCCCAAUUGGAGUCGCCGGACGGCCGAUGUGAAGACGUGGCUCAGUGCGGCGCUCACUAAUCCGGGCACUUGUAUUGAAGGGUUUGAGGAUGUGGAUGAGAAUAUUCCGGCGAGCAUGAAGAAGAUGCUUGAUAGUCUCUCACAGCUCAUUAGCAACGCUCUCGCUAUUUUUAACUACGUUGCUGCGGAAGAGAGCAACGGAAGUGCUCAGAAAAUUUCACCGCAGAAUCGCCGGCUCUUGACUUAUGACAAAUUUUUCUCUGGGCUAAUUUGAUGUUCAUCUGAGUUGAUAUAGGGGUGGAGAAUUUGUACUCUUGAAAGAGAGGUCAUAAGUUCAAAUCCCACAUGGGGUAAGGUAUGUAUGCUUGUUUGUAGCACAAGGUAGUCACAUAUGACUAUAAUCUAUCAGACCAUUCACAUAGUGGACUAUAAAAGAAUCUUUCUUUCUUUCCAAUGAUGGAAUCUGAAAUAUUGUGUCUAGUUCGAAUGACUAUCAUUUGGAUUGAUUGGCUGGUGUUAAAUUUCAACUGAAAUUAUACUACCAAUUGUAAUAUCCUUCCAUGUAAUGCAAUAUUUUUAUUUUUAA